AAUUACACAAAACCAGAUGAAAAUGACGAUGACGACGACUGGAACCCCUGCAAGGCAGCCGGGGUGUGUCUGAUGCUGCUGGCCACGUGCUGCGAGGAUGACAUCGUGCCCCACGUGCUGCCCUUCAUCAAGGAGCACAUCAAGAACCCCGACUGGAGGUACCGCGACGCCGCCGUCAUGGCCUUCGGCUGCAUCCUGGAGGGGCCCGAGCCCAGCCAGCUCAAACCCCUCGUCAUCCAGGCCAUGCCGACGUUGAUCGAGCUGAUGAAGGAUCCCAGCGUGGUGGUCAGGGACACCACGGCCUGGACCGUGGGCAGGAUCUGUGAGAUGCUGCCCGAGGCUGCCAUCAACGACAUCUACCUGGCCCCGCUGCUGCAGUGCCUCAUGGAGGGGCUCAGCGCCGAGCCCAGGGUGGCCACCAACGUCUGCUGGGCCUUCUCCAGCCUUGCUGAGGCUGCCUAUGAAGCUGCAGAUGUGGGUGAUGAUCAAGAAGAACCAGCAACCUACUGCUUAUCCUCCUCCUUUGAGCUGAUAGUGCAGAAACUGCUGGAGACUGCAGACAGACCUGACGGACACCAGAAUAACUUGAGGAGUUCUGCCUAUGAAUCGCUGAUGGAAAUAGUGAAAAACAGUGCCAAGGACUGUUAUCCUGCUGUCCAAAAAACCACCCUGGUCAUCAUGGAGAGGCUCCAGCAAGUGCUGCAGAUGGAGUCUCACAUCCAGAGCACCUCUGACAGAAUCCAGUUCAACGAUCUCCAGUCCCUUCUCUGUGCUACUCUCCAGGUAAAUUCCUCUCUCUUGGGUUUGUGGUGGGAAUAAAGUGAUUUUUGAGGU